AGCACAACCGAGAUCCUCCUCACCUCCCUCCCCACCAAAACCGUCACCUUCCAGCCAACUCGCGCCACUAUCGUCCGCGAAAUCCCCGUCACGAUCCACCCUGGUCCCAACACCCUAACCAUCCACGGCCUUGACCCCCAAACAGAUUUCGAUUCAAUCCGCAUCGAGGGCUCGGGCCCCGCUUGCGUAACGGAUUUCCAGACGGAGGUGGUCAAGUCGCGGCUUUAUGUUUUGGAGGCCAACGAGGGUGAACAGGAUGUAAGUAGUAGUGAUUCGUCUUCCUCUGAGGAUGACGAGGCAGACGAUGAACCCGAGGAGCUUCGACUCGUGAGGGCAGAGCUGCGCACGGUGAAGGAGAAGGCGGCGUUGGCGGGGAUCCGGAGGGAUCAGAAGAGGGGAUCGGUUUUUUCGACGGGUGGAGCCGGGUUUGGGAGACCGCAGCAGCAGCAACAGGUGGAAAUGUAUAAGGUCGGGGAGUUCAUGGAUCUGUUUAAUGCGCGGGGGAAGGAGGAAGGGGAGAAGCAUUACCGUGCCCUUGUUGAAGUGGAGGAGGCGGAGGAGGAGGUGGCGAGGUUAAUGGGCAAGGUUCAGAAAGUGGAGAAGAGAGUGUUUAAGGAGAAGAGGAAGAAGGAGGCGGCGCGGGAGAAGGAGAGGCAGGCCCGCAGGAAGGAGAAGAUGCAGAGAAAGGAGAGAAAGGAAAGGCUCGAGAAGGAGCAGAAGUCGUUUCGGAAGAAUAGGGUCGGAGAGGUGGUCGUUCAUCUGGAUGGCGAGGCGCCUUUCGCUGAUGGUGAUGCUGAUGGUGAUGCUGAUGGUGAUGCUGAUGGUGAUGCUGAUGAUGGGGAAGGCAAGAAACAAGGCGACAACAACGUCAUGCUCCGGUUGAGCUAUGUCGUCGCUGGACCCAGCUGGAUCCCACGGUAUGAUCUGAGUAUCAACACGCCGGCCUCCUCAGCCAAGAUGGUCUAUCGCGCCGAGUUUCGUAAUGCGUGCUCGGAGACGUGGCGCGAUGCCCGCGUAACCCUGUCCACCUCGCAGGCCUCGUUUUCCGGGCUGGGAGAACGUAUUCCCUCGCUCCAGGCGUGGCAGCUGAUGGUCCAAGCGGACAACAACAAUAAGAACCAGGAGCAGACCUCGUGGGAGAACAUUCUGCGUAGCAAGCCUGAGCAACGCCAUCUUAUGCCAGUGCAGACCCUCCACAAGUCACUUUUCCAGCAGCAGCAGCCGCCGCGGAACGCAUCUGUGUUUGGGCCCAAUAAUGUUGUUGCAGCGGCUGCGUCCAGACCUUUUGGUAAUGAUGCACCAGCUGCUCCUCCGGAACAAGUUCAAGGCGGAUUGUUUGGACAAGCAGCAGCCCCUCCACCACCCCCACCCCCGGCCCGGCAAUCUGGGGGGGCUUUAUUUGGUGGCCUACCACCAACCACCACAAGCGGUCCUUUGUUCGGUGCGCCAGCCAACCCACCGCCAACCGGCACCAGUGGUCCUCAAUCCGGCGGAUUCGGACGAUCCAUGAGUGGAGGGCUUUUUGGAAGUGUUCCCAGACCUUCGCAAGCUCAGCCCACGGCGCUGAUGAGUACAACGACAGCAUCCAUGCAACCAUUCGCUCAAUCCGGGGAGAACGAUCCCACCCAAGAGGAACCCAAGCCCUCCUUUGGAUCACCACCACCACCACCAAAAGCCAUUCCAGACCUGGAACACCAAGAAUCCUUCCAGCAAGAUUGCGGCCUCACAACCACAUAUGACCUGCCCGGUCAUCGCACCGUCAUCCCAUCCCUCGUGGCCCGACGCCACCUCCUCGCCGACCUCCACCUCGACUCCGUCACCCUAUCCUACACCAUCGUCCCCAAGCAGCGCGCCGCCGCCUUCCUCCAGGCCAAGAUCCAGAACUCCUCCGCGUCCGUGAGCCUCCUCCGCGGGAAAGUCGGCAUCACCAUCGACGGGACCUUCCUGGGGACCGCGGACCUGCCGAGCUGCGGGCCGAAGAAAUCGUUCACCUUGCCUCUGGGCGUGGAUCCACUGAUCCAGGUCACGUACGGGCGGCCGACGGUGCGGCGCACAACGGGCAGUGGGGGCUUGUUCUCCCAGAAGGAAGAGGCGGCGGUGUUCCGCCGGACGUGCCGGGUCAAGAACACGCGGAGCAACGCCGUCGAGGUGGCGGUUGUCGAUCAGGUGCCCGUCAGCGACGAUGAGCGGUUGAAGGUGCAGAUCCUGGAGCCCAAGGGGUUGGUCCGGGAAGGAGACGAUACGCAAAUGAAGGAGGGGGCAGUGCAUCUGGGAAAGGCCGGGGAAGUCAAAUGGGUGGUCAAGUUGGCGCCUGGGAAGGAGGUGAAAUUGGUGUUGGAGUAUGAGGCCAGGGUACCGGCAGGGAGUGAGAUUAGUGAAGUCUGA